AUGGCAAGGGAGGAGAGCAAGAUUCUUAUUUUCGGCGGAACAGGUUACAUUGGUAGCUACAUGGUGAAGGCAAGCAUCAAGUUGGGCCAUCCAACUUACGUCUAUUCCCGCCCAAACUCCACUAAGAUAGACUUGCUUAACGAGGGAGAACUGGAGGAGCAUGAGAAGCUUGUGUCUCUGCUUGAGGAAAUAGAUGUGGUGAUCUCGGCACUUGCAUAUCCACAGGUUCGGGAUCAACUCAAAGUCAUUGAGGCCAUCAAAGUUACGGGUAAUAUAAAGGUAUGCUUGCAUUCCGAAGGUUAA